AUGGCGGAGGAUCUAGUUCUCGAUACGGCCAUCAGAGACUGGGUACUGAUCCCUCUCUCCGUCGUCAUGGUUCUCAUCGGCGUCCUCCGAUACUUCGUCGGCAAGCUCAUGAGAUCCUCCCAAACCGCCGACGAAAAGAUCGUCAAAGAAGGGCAGUUGAUUAUUAGGGCAAGGAAUCUGAGGGCGGCCGCAAAUUUCAUCCCGGCCAAGUCCUUUCGUUUGCGAAAGGCUUAUUACACGAACGAGGAGAAUGGUUUGUUGCAUGUGCCAAAAGGCCAAGCUACAAAUCCACAGGCGCAAAUGUUUUCAGAUCCUAACAUGGCUAUGGAUAUGAUGAAGAAAAAUCUUUCGAUGAUCAUUCCACAGACUCUCACUUUUGCUUGGGUGAACUUCUUCUUCUCUGGUUUUGUAGCAGCAAAAAUUCCUUUCCCAUUAACCCAGAGAUUCAGAGCAAUGCUACAAAAUGGAAUUGACCUAAGCACUGUUGAUGUGAGCUACGUUAGCAGUCGUUCCUGGUAUUUUCUCAAUCUUUUUGGCCUGAGGGGUCUAUUCAGCCUUAUUCUGGGUGAUGAAAAUGCGAUGGAUGACACGCAGCGCAUGAUGCAAAUGGGCGGUUUUGGCAUGGAUCCAACAAAGAGCUUGAGCGCGGAGAAAGACAGUAUGGAGAUUAUUCAGCAUGAAUGGGCCCUCCCGAAAAUGGGGCAGCGUGCUGAAGAAGUCCUGAGGAAAUUUGUCAAGCAAUAAAAAGAGCUGCAUCUUUCAUUCUUGCAUUUUGAAUUCACCUAACUCUGAAGAUUAGUUGUUUUCUAUAUUUAAGACGAAGUAACUUGCAUCUGCUAGCCUUGAGCUUGUAUAAUUUAGUAUUCCACAUUUUGUUCUACUGUUUUACGCUUCUUUUGUUUUCCAAUUUUGUAUUAUUAAUACCAAGCGAUUUAGAUUGGUACUUUAAAGAAAUCCUAUGACGUCUUCAUGCUUGGCGUGUUAUUUUUA